UUUAUGUGAUGAAGUUUCAUUGGUUAUUAUUUUGAUAUGAUUCUGAUGAUUGGUGAAGUGUGUCGUAAAGGCUCUAAUGCAUCAAGAGGUGAAAAAAAUUAUUUUAUGUUGAGUGGAACAUGAAUGAAUACCUGUGUGUAGGCUCAGCUAGGAAUGUUUUGUGCACAAGAGGUUGGAAAUGUGACAAGCUUUGCAAUGACUGGUCUUCUGUGUAUUGUAAAUUGUGUAUUUGUUGUUUUGCCCAUGUGCAAUUGUGUGUGCUGGAAUGUUUCUAGCACGUGCCUUUCUUAAUGGUAUAUCAUUUAUAUCAUUGAAUCAUGUUUAUCUGGCCAAGAAUAAUAAGCAAUGGAUGGGCAAAAUCUUAUUAGCAUUCGUGCGUUUUUGUUUUUGGUUGGAUUAAAGAACUUUGGCUUGGGUUAGUUAAAUUUUGUUUUUAAAGAGAGUUGAUGUGUGUUGCAGCGUGCUAUGGAAUAUGUAUUUGGUUCAACAUUUGUUUGCCCCAUUCUUGAGAAUGGUAAUGAUUUAUAAUUUUGGUCAGUUGUUACUUAACUACUCUUUGCCAAAACCUUAUCUACAAGUAUUGGAAUGUGCUUAUUGAACUAUGAAAACUUCCUGAUUUUUUUUUCCUGCACAUAUUUAUGUUUUUUACAAGUGUUAAAAAGUAAAAUCCAUUGUUGCUAUUAUUUCUACACAAGAAGAUGGUUUUAGUUAUUUUUAUCCCCUUCUGGUAAUCUAACUUUCUAAAUCGGUAACUAAUAUUUGCAGGGGUGGUGGUGAUCUAUUAAGGCAACUUCAUGCUUUGGCAGAGGUUGAAUCCAAACUUUCUAUUCAUCAGAAGAGAUUAUCUGAAAUUGAAGCUGAGGUGCUGGUGGUGGAAGGAAUGUGAGUGCUCAUAAGGAAAAUGGAGUCAGUAAUAGCAUGGAGAGAGGUUUUAAGCCCUCCCUGUCAGUUCUAGAAAAAACAAAAAAUAAUGCGAACCCUCAUGUCACAAAAUCUUCUACCAUUUCAGUCAAUGGGCCCACACAUGUUCCUGAUGGCAGUUCCAGUCAUGAACGUGGCACCCAAUCAUCUGCAUGUAUUAUUGGUGUUUACUCCUCUACUUCAGAUCCUGUGGUGGUGGCACCUCUCAAUUCCCAGAUCCCCAGCGUGGGGGCGAUCAAAUGUGAAAUAAACAGCCAAAGAAUUGCUGCAGAAUCUGGUGCCUUUAACCCUUCCGGGAAAAGAUCGAGUAAGCUAAAAGAAUCCCAGAUUCUUGAAAAGAAUCCCAGAUUCUUGAAAAGAAUCAGCCGUUGGAGCCUUCCAAAGAUAUUUCCGGAAUAGCAGUUUGCUUCUUGUGGAAUGCAGGCGUGUAAAGAUUAAAAUAUUAACCCAUAGAAGAAUCAUGAUGAAAACUUUUGUUUUUAAUUUACGUUAUUUAGAUUUGUGAACAAUAUUAUGUAUGUAUUAUGCAACAUCAUGUAUUGGGAUAAUUUUGCUGAUGUAUUGUUAUGAAUG